UGUGUUCACAAGUAAAAAUUUGUAAUGGUUAGAAGCAAUAAAUCGAAAAUAAGUGAACCAAAUAUCAUUAAUAGAAAACACGUGACAGAACAUGUCUACCACGCUCUCAAAUGAAGCCCAACUAGGCUAUGUAAUUGAGUGGUUUCAAGAAUGGUCUGAAAUGCAAAGAAGUGACUUUUUGGAUAUACUUUUGGAACAAUGUGGUCCAUCAGGUCUUGUCAAUGGAUUGGUAUCUAGAAUGGAAAGUUUAGGACAUGCUAACGAGCUUGACAGACCACCAAGUCUAUUUCAAUGUCGUGUUAAACUUUUUCGAGAAUGGAGUCAUAAUUGGUCUCAAGAAGAAAAGGAUUCAUUACUUUUAUCUAUUAAAAACACUGAUCCUGUAUUUGCAGAAAAAUAUGAAGAAAAAUUGUCAACCCUAGUAGGUGAAGAAGAAAAAGCAUAA